UCAUGUUCUGACUGGCCGGGUUACUAAUUCAGUGCUAAUGCUGUCAGUGGGGCUCAAAGACUGUUUGACGAGAAUAACAAGGACAUAAUGAAAAUGUCCUUGCUCACACCCCAUGUAUACUGGGCACAGCGCCAUGAAGACAUUUAUCUGCGGGUAGAGUUGAUAGACACACAGAAUAUGAAGGUCCAUAUGCAUGAAAACGUCCUAGAAUUUAGUGGAUUUCAUACCUGUUUUGACUUGAUUAAAGGACAGGGUCAUGGCGCAAAGGGACAAAAUGACUAUCAGUUCAGUCUGGCUUUUCGGUUGCCGGUAAACCCAGAGGUGAGCUUCAAGUCCACACAGAGGCAGGUGAGUAUUACAGUAAAAAAAGCUCAGCGAGGCUGGUGGGAUAGGCUAACCAUUCAGGAGAAAAAGCCUCUCUUCCUGGCCCCGGACUUCGACCGCUGGCUGGAAGAGUCUGAUGCUGAGAUGGAAAUACAUGAGAAGGAGGAGAAACAGAAAAGAGUAAAGAUGUCCAGAAGAGAAGAGAAUGGGCGUCCUAGUAUUAAGACGAUAUUCCUGUUCCUGUAUAACCUGGUCCAGUUCCUCUGCUUCUCCUGGAUCUUCAUCAACAUGACUGUGCGGCUCUUCAUCUUUGGCCAAGACUCUAUGUACGACACCUUUCACACCAUGUCGGAUGUCAUGUUCUUCUGCCAGACUCUGGCAGCCAUUGAGGUGGUUAACGCUGCUUUUGGAGUGGUCAAGACAGGAGUGGUUCCUACUUUAAUCCAGGUGGUUGGGAGGAAUUUCAUCCUCUUCAUCAUCAUUGGGAGCUUGGAGGAGAUGCAUAACAAAGCCGUGGUCUUCUUUGUGUUCUAUCCUUGGAGCGCUAUUGAGAUAUUUCGGUAUCCUUUCUACAUGCUGGGCUGUUUCAACACAGAGUGGAAAGACCUCACCUGGUUGAGGUACACUGCAUGGAUACCCUUGUACCCCCUAGGAGCCCUGGCUGAAGCUGUGGCGGUCGUCCAGUCCAUCCCCCUCUUUGAUGAGGCUAACUUGUUCAGCAUUGAUCUCACAAAGUCCAUCGGCGUGUCGAUCAGAUUCUCCCACUUCCUGUACAUCUACCUUGUUCUGAUGGUCUUUGCGUUGACCGUAAACUUCCGACACCUCUACAAGCAAAGGAAGAGGCGGUUCCACACCAACAAGAGGAAAGCUCAGUAGGAUGAAGCAACAUUUCAGAAUCAUCUGUCUGCCCUGUGUGAAUUCAACUUCACACAGUGCAAUUUUUCGUUUCUUAUAUAAAAGUUAGAUUUUAAGCUUCUGAAUAGUGAUGUUUCCAGUGUCCUUGGAUCGUGAUUUGUAUUUGACGUGCAGUUAAUUGAGAGGGUCCCCUUAUUAAAAAAAUGUAUUAACUUUUUAUACUGUAUUACAACCUAUAUUUUGUAAUUUUGUGAAUGAAAUUCCUCAAGCAAUAUAAAAGAAAUUCUAAAAGAUAUUUCUA